GGGUCCUGCCCCGUCACCCGACCAAUCCUAAACGAGCCCAUUCUGAGCUCCUCGCGGUCCGACAGAGGUGUUUCUAAACAGGCUGGCGGGAGAACCUGUAUUAAACCCAGCAGAUCUGCAAACGGGUCACCGGCGCAGGGGCCGAAAUACAUCGGAGGAGACUUUGAACUGUGUUUUGGCGAAAGUGUGUGACCCUUUCCAACAUUUAACAUCCCCGUGGAGUGAGGCGGAAGGCAGAAAAUGACGAAUACCAGCCGGGACUUUAACUGAAACUAAAACUCUUGUGUUUUAUGUUUGCCUCCUCUUUGUUCAGUCUUUAUAAAGGACCCCGCAUUCGGAAUCCCAGAGACGGAUUCACAGCACUGUUUAUUCGGCUGUCCUCUUGGUGAAUUAUAGAAACGAGGCAGGUUUUCUUGUUUUCCUCUCCGGCGGGAAAUAUUAUUGUUUGUACUCUCGUAGUAGUAGAGCGGCUUGGCACGGCACGCCUCGGUUCUUUCACAGCACUCGGUCACAGCAACAGAAAUGGCGAAGGUGCAAGUGUUGAAUGUGGCGGUUCUGGAUAACCCGAGCCCCUUCGGGAACCCGUUCCAGUUCGAGAUGACAUUCGAAUGUAUGGAAGACCUGCCGGAAGACCUGGAGUGGAAGAUCAUCUAUGUGGGCUCAGCGGAGAGCGAAGAGUACGAUCAGGUUCUGGAUUCGGUCCUGGUGGGCCCGGUCCCAGCAGGGAGGCACAUGUUUGUGUUCCAGGCGGACGCUCCUAACACAGGACUGAUCCCGGAGAGCGAUGCGGUGGGGGUGACGGUGGUGCUCAUCACCUGCACUUACCGGGGUCAGGAGUUCAUCCGGGUGGGAUACUACGUGAACAAUGAGUACACAGACCCCGAGCUCCGCGAGAACCCCCCUCUCAAACCCAACUACCAGCAGCUCCAGAGGAAUAUCCUGGCCUCCAAUCCCCGAGUCACCCGCUUCCACAUCAACUGGGACGGCAGUGCUGACAAGAUGGAGGACGCGGAGAAUGUGGACCCCACACCCAAUACCAUGCUGCCCCCGAGCUGCGCUCCCACCAAGGGCACUGGCCUCGGCCUGCUGCCCGAAAACUCCAUGGACUGCCUGUAGACUCGCUCUGCUCCCCGGCCAGCCAUGCCUUCCACUGCUCCUCCGCACCGAGGGCUCUGCUCCUGGGCAACACUGAUCAGACUGCCCUGUCGGGGCUUCCAGCUGCUGCAGAGCUGCAUCCUGCACCCUGCGGUGUGACUGCAUGGAGGGGUUUCUCAGCACUUCAUAUCUGGAGCAAGGACUGAUUUAUUGUUGUUUUUUAUUCUUUCUCAUUACCGGAAGACCUUUCUGUAAAAAAUAAAUUUAAUGAAAUAAAAAUACUUGGAGAUUGUA